AUGGAUUCUAUUGCCAUUACUGACCAUGGCUCCAUGUAUGGUGUAAUUGAUUUUUAUAAGGCGGCCAAAGCGGAAGGUAUAAAGCCUAUAAUCGGCUGCGAGGUGUAUAUCGCUCCGCAGUCACGAUUGGACAGGACUGAUGUAAGAGAGAUACAGAAUCACGGCUUAGAGGAAGAAAAGAUAGCUAACAAAGGGCUUAUUGAGCUGGCGAGAAAGUAUGGUUUAGGUUUGGUUGCCACCAAUGAUGCCCACUAUCUGAAGCGUGAGGACAGCGAAUUUCAUGAUGUACUGCUGUGUAUCCAGAUGGGAAAGCUGGUAACAGAUACUGACCGUAUGACCUUCAGCAGUGAUGACUACUACGUAAAGAGUCCAGAGGAAAUGGCAGAGCUAUUCCCAGAAUAUCCAGAUGCUUUGGCAAAUACUGUAAAGAUUGCAGAGCGUUGUAAUGUAGAGUUUGAUUUUGAACAUCGUCAUCUGCCUAAUUUUCCACUUCCAGAAGGUAUGACCGAUGAAAUGUAUCUGCGUCAGCUGUGCGAGGAACGUCUGCUGUCACGUUAUCCACAGGAAACUGAGGAGAUAAGGAAACGGCUGGAGUAUGAGCUGGGAGUUAUUCACAGCAUGGGCUUUGACAGCUAUUUCCUCAUUGUGUGGGAUUUCAUCAACUAUGCCAAGGAAAAGGGAAUUGCAGGAUUACCGAUAUUGACCCACUGGAAUAUGCCCUGCUUUUUGAGCGUUUCCUCAAUCCCAGAGCGUGUUACCAUGCCUGAUAUAGACGUGGAUUUUUGCUAUGUGCGUCGUGAGGAAGUUAUUGAAUAUGUAAAAAGACGGUACGGUGAGGACCAUGUGGCACAGAUUGCAACCUUUGGUACGUUAGCGGCUAAAGGGGCGUUGCGUGAUGUAGGCCGGGCACUGGAUAUGAGCUUUAACGAGGUUAGUCAGGUAACGAAGCUUAUACCAGAGGAAUUGGGGAUAACUAUUGAUAAGGCUUUGAAGGAAUCAUCUGAUUUGAUGAAGCUUUACAAUGAGUCACCACAGGUUCAAAGGCUGAUAGACUUUGCUCGUGAUGUAGAAGGCUUGCCACGUCAUUCAUCAACUCAUGCUGCGGGUAUUGUGAUAGCUCGCAAUCCAUUAACUGAUUAUCUGCCUGUGUCGGUGUCAAACGGUACAUUGGUGACUCAGUAUGAUAAGGAUCAUGUGGAGGAACUUGGGCUUCUGAAAAUGGACUUCCUGGGUCUGCGUACUUUGACUGUGCUGGCGGAUGCAGUUAAAAAUAUAGAGCGAGCAAGAGGCGAGAAGAUGGAGUCGUCAGGCAUGACUGCACUGGUUAAGGACCUGCAUCCAGAGGGAUUUGUCGAUCUUAUUCCUACAGUGGCAUUGUAUCGCCCUGGACCCGCUUGGCAGUGGCAUGGAAACCUUUGGCGUGGUGCUUUAUCAGGAGCAGGUAAUGCAGAUAGUGCAGGUGCUGGCUGGAUUCAGUCUGGGACAGGCCGAUUUGCUCCGCCGUGCUAUGGGGGGACUAAGGAGAAGGGGCUUCCUGACGAGCUGGCACAGCAUAUUUUUGAUUUGCUGACUCAUUUUGCUGAUUACGGCUUCAAUAAAUCCCAUAGUGCGGCUUAUGCUUAUGUAGCAUGGCAGACAGCGUACCUUAAGGCACAUUAUCCUGCUGAGUUUAUGGCGGCUAUGCUGACCAGCAUAAUGGAUACCAAUGACAAGGUGGGCGUGUAUAUUGAGCAGUGUCACCGCAUGGGGAUAAGUAUAUUGCCACCUGAUAUAAAUGCCAGUGGUAUGGUGUUCAGUGUCGAUGGUGAGGCUAUCCGUUUCGGUCUGGCAGCAGUGAAGAACGUAGGCGAGGCUGCGAUUGAUGGUAUUGUCAAGGAACGUAAUAAAAAUGGUGCCUUUAAGGAUUUAAGUGAUUUCUGUAAUCGUGUAGAUAACAAGGCGGUAAAUCGCAGGGUUAUGGAAAGUCUGAUAAAGUGCGGUGCAUUUGACAGUACGGGGGCGAAGCGUUCUCAGCUGUUGGAGGCGUUGGAGCAGGCUCUCAAUCUGGCGGUAGCAGCUCAGAAGGACAGGAAUAGCGGUAUGAUGGGUCUGUUUGAUGACUCUGUUAUGGAGGAAGCGAAUCAGGUUGUAUUGAAGGACUUGCUGGAGGUUCCGAAGGCUGUAAGGCUGACAUGGGAGAAGGAGAUUACAGGCUUUUAUAUCACAGGUCAUCCGCUGGAUGAGUAUGGCAAUAUAAUUCGUGGUUUUACCAGUAUAGAGAAGGUAUUAAGUGGACAGCUGGCGGAAGGAAAGACUGUGAAGCUGGGCGGAAUGAUAAUUUCUGCCAAGAGGAUAACUACCAAGAAGGGAGAUACCAUGUGCUUUGUGGAGCUGGAGGACUUCACCCACAGCAUUGAGGUAGUUGUAUUCCCACGUGUAUUCUAUGAAUGUGUAAAUAAUCUUGUACCUGAUACGGCUGUUAUGGUUCAGGGAAAGGUGAAUAUAGUUGACGAUGGUGUAAAGCUUAUAGCAGAUAAUGUUACUUUGCUAAAGGAUUAUCAGCCAUCAUACUAUAUCAUGAUACAGGCAGAAAAUGAAAAACAGGAAAUAUAUGAUGCUAUCAAGGGGGGUACUUGCCCGUUACAAGGGAAAUUAUCCAGUGAUAAUGUAUUUUCCUCGUAG